CGCGGCGGCGCUCGCUCAGUCACGCUCACUCACUUCAGGUCGGGACUCCCGUGAAGGAACCGGAGAGAAACGUUACCGGAGCCCCGCUCACAACUCUGUGGGAAACAGCGUGGAAUCACCGGGACACACGCACGCACGCGGGAGCCGUGGAGGACAUUUACACCGGAAGCAGAUUUAAAUCGCUGGACACUCUUUUCUCCGUGUGUGUGCGCGUGUGUUUUCCUUUGGAAAACCAAACACACACAUACAUACACGUAGAUACGCACGCACGCGCGCGCACGGUCACAGGUUGCUAGCGGAGUUAACGCUAACCGAGCUAGCCACGUUAGCUUAAUCCCGCGCUAGCCGUAUUUUGUCUGUUUUGUCUUCGACUGAAAACAGAAACAUAACAACAACAACAUCAACGUGGAUUAAAGUCACAGGAACCGUGGCACAUUUUCCACCCGGCGUGAGUCAUGACGUGGUGUUUUGCGGGACGUGUGUCGCGUUGGCCGGCUGCUAGCAUCGGCUGACAACAUGGAUGAUUUUUGUUUUAAACUCUUCUUCAGAGUUUUUUUUCUUCGCUGCUGAUUGUGUUUGUUAUUAACGUGAACUUUAACCUCAGGCUGUUGUAAAACCCAUUGAUUCUUCUGCUGGAGGUUUUUUUUACCCUCUAAACUUGGCUAGAAAGAAAAAAAGGAAAGAAACGAGAGGAGAAGAGGAAAGUUGGAAGUGUUGGGAAGUUUUUCCAAGCUUGUGGAAAAAUGGAUGCGGGAAUAGAGAAGGAAUGCGGCGCUCUGGGAGGGCUUUUCCAGCUCAUCAUGAACGACAUGAAGGCCAGUUAUCCUACAUGGGAGGAUUUUUUAUCCAAAGGAGCCAAGUUACAGUCACAGCUCAGGACGACCAUCGUGGUAACAGGAGCUUUUCUGGACGCUUUUCAGAAGGUGGCAGACAUGGCAACCGGGACCAGAGGAGCCACAAAGGAGAUCGGCUCAGCGCUGACCAGGAUGUGCAUGAGACACCGCAGCAUCGAGUCCAAACUCAAACUGUUUACAACAGCUCUGUCAGAGAGUCUCAUCACGCCACUGGAGCUAAAGAUGGAGGAGUGGAAAAAAGUGGCCAGUCAGCUGGACAAAGAUCACGCCAAAGAGUACAAGAAAGUGAGAGCAGACAUCAAGAAGAAAUCAUCAGACACCAUCAAACUCCAGAAGAAGGUGAAAAAAGGGAAGGACGAGGCGCGGGGACAGCUGGACAGUGCACUGCAGGACGUCAACGUGCGCUACGCCGUCCUGGAGGACACGGAGAAGCGAGCUGUAUGCAGGGCGCUCAUAGAGGAGAGAGCGCGGUACUGCACCCUCGUCACCAUGCUGAAGCCUGUACUGGACCAUGAGAUGAACAUGCUGGGUGAGGUCACACACCUACAGUCCAUCCUGGGUGACCUGGUGACCCUGACAGCUGAGCCCAACAAACUCCCACCAGCCAGUGAGCAGGUGAUUUUGGACCUGAAAGGUUCUGAUUUCAACUACACAUAUCAGACGCCUCCAGCUUCUCCAAGUAACUCACUGUCCAGGAAGAGCAGCAUCAGCAGUAACUAUCAGUGUGGAUCAGUGAGACAUGUCCCCUCUUUGGACUCUAUCAGCUCUGCUGUGGAUGGAGUCCACAUCCAGGAUCCAGUCGGCUCCUCCGCUCACCAGAUGGCAGCAGGGGGCAGCAGAGGGCCAGAGAACGGCCUGCUGCCCCCCCCACACAACAUCUAUACACAGCAUGGAGAGAGAGCGCGAGCCAUGUCGGCGUCUGGGAAGUCCUGCUCGGCUCGGGACCAGCUGGCGUUGACGUUGGGUGCGUUGAAUUCGGACGCCCCGAGGAACAGCAGGGACUCUCUGCACUGCUCCAGCGGCUACAGCACGCAGACCACCACGCCGUCCUGCUCCGAGGACACCAUCCACUCACACACUGUAAAGAGAGACCCUCCCCUCUAUGUCGACUACGAGUCCAUCUCCCUCCACGGAGACUCCGACUCCGUCUCGCUGCAUCGCCUGUCGCACGGAAACAGCCGCUCCGACUUUGACAAGUCCUCGACCAUGCCGAGGAACUCGGACCUCGCUCUGCAGUACAGGAAGUUUACUCAGUCCAAACGCCCCGCCUCCACCGUCAGCCUGUUGGCCGAGUCGGAGUUCAUGAGCGGCUCCGUCCGCCAGCUGCCGUCCCACACGGCGACCAUCAGGCGCAAACCGUCAUCCAAGCCCGGGUAUCGCCGCGGAACCAUCAGUGGCGUUCCCAUCCCCAUCUGCACGCCGCAGGUCCCGCUCAAAGCCCUCGCAGGGAGCGGGGGCAGCGAUGAGAAUGUUUUUGCAGCGCCCCCUGCUGGAGGAACAGGAGGCUUAGGUCACAGUAAACUCUGCACUUCCACGCAGAGUCUCAGCGCCUUACCCCCCCCCUCCUCCUCACCAUACUACCAGCUGGUCCCGGGUCACAUGCCCAUCCCGGUGCCUGUGCCCACUGUACCCUCCCUGCCAGCAGAGGGCAGCAAACAGCAACAACAGAGACAGCACCUGCAGCAGCAGUAUCAACACAAACAGCAGCAGUUUCAACACCAACAAGACCAGUACCAGAGAGAAGACCAGUACCAGCAGCAGCUGAACCAGCAGCAAAAACAGAGGCUGUUCCACCAGCAGCACCAGGUCCAGGUCCAGGUCCAGUCCUCCGGUGCCCAGGCAGAACCUCCCUGUCUGGGCCACAGCUCUCACUACCAGCCCCAGGCUCCUCCCCCCUCCUGCCUGGAUCAGAACCCGGAGCAGCUGACCCAGGAGGGAGGCGGAGGAGGAGGUGGCAUGCUGACCCUCAUCAGAGGAGUCAAACUCAAAAGGACCAUCACCAACGAUCGCUCCGCCCCCCUCCUGCCUUCUCCGGCCAAUCACAAGUGAGGCUGUGGUUCUUCUCAGGUCUGAUGAUGUGAACAUGGACGGCGUCGUCACUCGACGCACGUCUGCGUUUGUUUUCUGCUUCCUUUUAGGCUGUUAGGCUAUGAUGUCACUUCCUGUCGCUGUAACAGAUCUCUUGUGAGUUUUCUGUGUGCUGUUUUGUUGUUUGGGUUUUUUCUUUUGAUUGCUUGCAUAAAGUUUUGGAUUGAUGAGCCAGUCUUCAGGUGACCGUUCUGUGGCUCGGCUCCAGUCCUGGGUGCGUUUGAUUUGCCUUGUGCCUGAACUCCCGGGAGGAGGGAGGGCUUCAGCUGUGAGGUUUGUUUCAGCAGGAAGCAGCGUGAGACACGGACGCUCGCUCUCUCUGAAAACAGCGACACAAGGAAAGCAAAAGACUUGGCUCAGAGAAUCUGCAUCAGUCUGAGUCCACGAUGUCUUAAGAACACGUUCACGUCUUUAUCUCACUGUGAGACAGACUUCAACAACAGGAAACUGACGUUUGUAAA